AAUGCGUGUCUGGCAUCUGUCAUAUUAAUAUUGAGCAUGUCAAGAGGUUACUGUAUGUACGUGUCAAAAAGUUAUGAGCCGGUGAAAUUUAUUGUAAAAUAAACGCAUAAAAUGAAAUUUUUUAGGAUUUCCAUCUUAGUUUUAGCCAUAAUUUCGGUAUUAUUAUGUGCCACAACAUAUGCAAGUAUUGGAGGUUACAUUAGUCAAACAGAUAAGAACAAAUUUAUUCAAAUUUUGGGGCGAACAUUAAAAGUGGACGGGGACGAUAUUGUUUCCCCAUACUAUGGAGCAAGAGGAUAUCAGAUUUUGACAGUACCCGUUGAAAAGCAGCAAGUAGCUGAAAAUUGUGCUCACUUGAAGAAAAACUUCAAGUAUCAAAGUCUGGAAAGUAGUUUUUACGUGUACAAUACAUGGAAGAUUUUAGGAUGUCAAGGAUCUCUUCACACACCAGAAGAUGUUAAGACGAUUGAGUCAACAUUGGAGGCUGGAAAAUCUACCAUAACUGAUAUUCGUUAUGCCUUAGAAAUUUUGAUUUUGCUUAAACAGCAAAUACCAGGUGCUGCAAAAGUAGCUCAAAUGAUUCAAUUAAAACUAAAAGAAGAUGACAGUCUUCAAAACUUGGGACAAGCUUUGCAUGCUGCUUCCUUGCUAGGUGCGAACGGAAAAUUUGCCAAUGAUAGAGUAGAAGAUAUCAUUGUACAAGCUGAUGAAGUAGAUGGUAAACUACUUCAAUGGGAAGGAGGAUUAACAACAACUUCUUUGAUUUUAACAGGCUUGCAUAGACUGCUAGGAAAAUCGCCUUUAAAUGCUGUACAAGCUGACAAAUUUACUAAUUAUUUAUUAACAAGAAAAACAGUACAAACACCAAAAGGAGUUUUAGCCCUUUUAGAAGCUGCACUAGCAAUAGCCUCAAGUGAAAUAUCUCCUGUUAGUAUAUCAGUUAUAGGAACGCCCCAAAUUUCUCUUGAAAAACCAGAUCUUAAAAUUCAAGUCAGUAAUUUACUCGGGGUCCCUCACAAAAUUCCUCCCACCCCUGUAGUAGCAGAAAGUAUAACAAAAUUAUCUGAUAAUUCAGUUGUACUAUCAAAACAAACUUUGAAAGCAGGGUCCAGUUCUACUGAAUACAUUUUGCCUUUAAAGUUAGAUCCCGGUUUAUAUAAAAUAGUAAUCAAUGCUGGUAGUCAUUCAUCAGAUUUUGUCAUUAGAGCUUUGGGACAGUUAACUGUAAAAUCUUUGGAAGUAGGCAUUAGUGAUUCAGAUGGAGGUGCAGCUCUUAAACUUACCAAACUUACUUAUAAGAAUAAACUUGGUCAAUUGCUACAAGCUGAUGCCGGUCAGAAUUUGAUUGUAAAAUUCACAUUAUCCCGACCUGUUCAUCAAGCUUUUCUCAGGCUUCACUCUGGUAAAAAGGAGAUCAUAUUCGUAGCCGAACAAGACAGCAGUAAAGCUUACAUGAUUGAAGUGAAUUUAGAAAAAGAAUUGGGUAGAUCAGGUAAAUUUGAAAUGGAACUAAUAUUGGGAGAUAGCUUAAUAACAAAUCCAAUUAGGUGGGAUUUGGGCUCUAUUGAAGUCAAUUUAGGUUCUGCAGCCAAAGAUGAAGUUAAACAAGGUAGAGGACCUAAACCGGAUAUUCAGCAUUUGUUCCGACCAGCUGAAAAACGACCACCAGAAGUAGUAUCUAUGUUUUUCACUGCUCUAACAGCCGCACCAUUUCUUCUCUUACUUAUAUUAUGGGGAAAAAUUGGAAUCAAUUUCAGUAACUUUACACCUUUGGCUAUACCUUUUCAUUUAGGAUUUGGAUCGAUUUUGGGGUUGUUCACUUUGUUCUGGCUAAAACUGGAUAUGUUUGUUACGUGUGCUUGGUUGGUUCCAAUCGGUGGGUUCACAUUUUUCUCAGGGCAUAAAAUAUUAAGUUAUAUGGCUAGAAACAGAAAGCAAGAAAAGUCUGAUAAAUAAGUUUUGUUUUAGACUGAGUGUGUUUUUUUUCUUCAGUUAUAUCUAUCACCAUUAACUGUUUUUGUACAUAAACAUCACUUCGAAUUAAAAAGUAAUUAAGUUAUGAAAAAUCCAGUAAUGCCCUUUGUGUACUAAAAUAGUAGCUCACUUCAGUUAUUCACAGUUUAUAAAUUAUUUUUUAAUAAAACUGUAUCAAAAUGGGUUUAAUACAGUGUGUCCACUUAUUUUUAGAAAAUAUCAUAUCACAUACUGUAACAAAUUUCAAAUUUAGAGGGAAUUAUCAUGAAAUAUUUGAUUCUAUAGUAAAUUUAAUAUAUUUGGUAAUCAACUUGGCAUUUUGUAACAUAUUCUCGCUUUCAGGAUGUAAAAAACAAUUUAUGUAGUAUGAUUACAUGUACCUGAUGAGUAUUUAAGUUUAUUGAGAUAAAAUUAGGACCUGUACUUCUAUUCUUAUUGUAAAGUUUAGAUUCCAAGUGGUAUUAGUGUACGAAAAUGAUUAAUUUGUGAAAAAAACUGUGCAAGUUUAAAUUGUUUCUGACUUUUUUGGAAGUUGCUCUUUACUUUUGUAAUAAAACCCCCAAAGUAUCAAAUAAAAAAGUUUUUUUAAAAUUUAAUAA